AUGGAUCAAGCAUCCACCAAUCGAGACCUGUCGCGAUCGCGGGAGCAAGCUGAAGAGCGCACCCGACCGACCACUUUCGUGGAAUUCUUGCGCCAUUCCCACAAUCUGCUCUCCCGACCGUUGAGAGUCGAGACACCAUCUCGCUCGACUACCGGGAAAAUACCCCUUCCGACCGGGAAAUACUGCCCGACACGAUUGGAACACUGGACCGACUGCUCAGCACAACAGUUGGAGCUCUACAAGUCCGUCUAUAGCUACAUUCAGUUGAUACCAGGUGGGGGGGGGGCGCCACAUUUGUUCUCAUCUUUGCACGAGGUAGAAGGAUUAGGUCGACGACUUUGUCGUAAGCCUAUAAGCAGCGAGCAAGAUCUCGAGGCGUAUGAGCGAUUUGCCGUGGAAGAGAAUGUCCACGAUAUAAUUACUGAGUUGUGCAAACUACCCGCUGCUCGCGACGAGUUCGGUCUCGGCGAUGGAAUCCAGUUCAGCAACCAUGCGAAUUCCUUAAACGAGAACGAAGAUAUUGAGGCGGAUGCGAGCCAACCGUCAAGUGUACACCACCCAAGACCUGAUCAGUUCUGCAUCCACCGUGUCGACGACAACACUACCACUCUCCUCACAUCUGUCGAGUAUAAGCCGCCUCACAAGCUCCCUGUCGCUACCCUUCGUAUGGGCCUCCGACCAAUGGACUUAUGGAAGGAUAUGGUCAGAUCAAACAAAAUCCCGACAGACCAGGAAGCGAAGCUGAGGUACAAUGCGGAGCGACUUGUCUGCUCCGCUCUUGUCCAGGAGUAUCAUGUGAUGAUCCAGGAAGGGCUCGAGUACUCCUACGUGACCAACGGGACUGCCCGGGUCCUCCUUCGAUGA